AAAAUCCUUAAAACAAAUUAUAUAUAUAUAUAUAUAUAUAUUUUUUCUGAAAUAGAUAGAACCAACCAUUUUUGUUGUAUAGAUAGAUUAUUACACUCCUUUUCCUUCACCUUUUCUUUUCUCUUCUUGUUCACCAUGCAAAGCAAUCAAAAAAUUCUUCUCAUUAUCUCAAUCCUAUCAACCUUUUUCUUUUCUCUUCCAUCCUUUGCAUUGAAUUCUGAAGGCCUUUCACUUCAUUCAUGGCUUUCAACCUUCAAUUCAUCUCAAUUCUCUUCAUGGAAUCCACAGCACCAAAAUCCAUGCAACUGGUCAUACAUCACAUGUUCUUCACAAAACUCAGUUGCAGAAAUCAGAAUCAAAUCCAUCAGCAUUCCUACCACAUUCCCGAUCCAAUUCCUCUCCCUCACUUCACUUACCACACUAGUCCUCUACAAGUGCAAUAUCACCGGAGAAAUCCCAACAUCGAUAUUGAACCUGACUUCACUUGUCACACUUGAUCUCAGCUUCAAUGCACUCACUGGAACUAUCCCUCCGCAGCUUGGAACACUCUCAAGAUUACACUUCUUGUAUUUGAAUUCCAAUUUGUUGCAUGGACCAGUGCCUGCACAAUUAGGCAAUUGUUCUCAGCUCAGAGAGAUCGAACUUGUCGAUAACCGGCUUUUUGGCAGAAUUCCAUUGCAGCUAGGCAUGUUGUCUAAUCUGUUAACUUUUCGUAUCGGUGGCAAUGCCGGUAUAUUUGGAGACAUUCCCGCAGAAAUAUCAGACUGUCGAGAACUAGAAUUCCUUGGACUUGCAGAUACUUCAGUUUCAGGACAGAUUCCACCUGAAUUUGGCAAACUCAAGAAUCUAAAGACACUUUCAAUUUACACAACGAAUCUGUCAGGAUUGAUUCCAGCAGAAAUCUCCAAUUGUUCUUCUCUUGAGAAUCUUUUCCUUUACCAAAACCGAAUCUCCGGCGAGAUUCCAGGGGAGUUAGGCAGGCUGAGAAACCUCAAGAAGCUGUUGUUAUGGAGGAAUGAGCUCUUCGGCAGCAUGCCGGAAUCACUAGGUAACUGCACAGCAUUACAAGUGAUGGAUUUUUCUCUGAAUUCUCUAACAGGUGAGAUUCCAUCCUCAUUCUCAAGCUUAGCAAAGUUACAAGUGUUUUUGCUUUCAUACAACAACAUCUCCGGUCAAAUUCCGGCUUUCAUUGGAAACUUGACUAGUUUGAGGCAAUUAGAGUUGGAUAACAACAGGAUCUCCGGUGAAAUUCCGAGGAGUAUUGGAGAAUUGAGGCAACUAACUCAGUUCUUUGCUUGGCAGAAUGAGCUCCAUGGUAGCCUGCCAUUUGAGAUUGGCAACUGUGAAAAGCUCCAAUCAAUGGACCUUUCCUACAAUUUCCUCACUGGUUCACUUCCAAGUUCUCUGUUCAACAUAAUUACACUCAACAAGCUCAUGCUAAUCUCCAAUGAUUUCUCAGGUGAGCUCUCGAAGGAUAUCGGUAACUGCACCGGUUUAUCAAGGCUUCGUCUAGGCUUCAAUCAGUUUUCCGGGGAGAUACCAAAAGAGAUUGGAUUUCUGCAGAGCUUAACCUUCUUGGAGUUGUCAGAAAACAAGCUUACUGGAGAAAUACCGGAAGAGAUAGGGAGAUGCAUUGAACUAGAAAUGGUUGAUUUGCAUGAGAAUAGGAUUCACGGAGUGAUUCCAAACUCAUUUGAAUCACUAGUUCAUCUCAAUGUGCUUGAUCUUUCAAGAAACAGGCUCUCUGGUUCAGUCCCUGAGGCUUUAGGGAAGCUCAAAAGCCUUAACAAGUUGGCUCUGAAUGGAAACUACAUCACUGGCAUGAUACCCAAAUCCAUUGCCCUUUGCACUGAUUUGCAAUCUCUUGAUAUGAGUAGCAAUAGAAUCACUGGUCCAAUUCCUGAUGAGAUUAGUAAUCUCCUAGGAUUAGACAUUCUGCUGAACUUGAGCUGGAACUAUCUUUUAGGCCCUUUACCUGCAGGAUUUCGCAAUCUAUCGAAGCUCGGAAGUCUAGAUCUCUCUCACAACAUGCUCACAGGAUCAUUGUCCCUGCUCGGGGAGCUCGAUGAUCUCAUUUCACUUGAUGUUUCAUUCAAUAACUUCUCCGGUGUUCUCCCUGACACGACGCUCUUCCAUCAGCUACCGGAUUCCGCUUUCUAUGGUAAUCAGGAACUAUGCAAGUGCUUCCACGGAAGAAACAAGAUUACUGCAAGUCAUCAUCCUUCAAGAAAACUUAUAUUUGGCCUCGUGUUCAGUAUAAUUUUAGUUACAUUGUUUGCAACAAUAGCCACAUUGCUAAGAAUUCGAUCACGAAGAAUUAUUGCUUCCUCGAAGAAUAUGAACGGAGACGAGGAUGGAUUAUGGGAAUGGGAAUUGACUCCAUUUCAGAAACUAGCAUUCUCUGCAGGAGAAGUUGUUGAUGGAUUAGUUGAUUCUAAUGUUAUUGGAAAAGGCUCUUCUGGACUUGUUUAUCGAGUCGAAACGAGGACCGGUCCAACCAUAGCUGUAAAAAAGUUACGGAGUGAUCACAAACAAGGCCAGUUUUCAGAGAGAGAUUUCUUCAAUGCCGAAGUGAAGAUUCUCAGUUCAAUCAGACAUAAGAACAUUAUAAGACUUCUUGGCUGCUGCUCAAAGAGAAACAACAAUGCUAAAUUGCUAAUCUAUGACUACAUGAGCAAUGGAAGUCUGAAUGAUUUGCUUCAUCAUAGCAAAGUGUUUAUAGAUUGGGAUUCAAGAUACAAGAUUGCAUUGGGAGCAGCACAAGGCAUAGCAUAUCUCCACCACGGAUGCAAUCCACCGAUAAUUCACCGCGACAUCAAAUCAAACAACAUUUUGAUCAGCCAACAACUCGAAGCAUGCAUCGCUGAUUUCGGCCUAGCAAAACCACUCAAUCAGCAUUCACAGCAAGCGAGAUUCAACAGCAUUGUCGCCGGUUCUUUCGGUUACAUUGCUCCCGAAUACAGUUACAGUUUAAGGAUCACGGAGAAGAGCGAUGUGUAUAGUUACGGUAUCGUGUUGUUGGAGAUACUAACAGGGCUUCAGCCGACCGAUGAAAGGAUACUGGGAGGAGGGCACAUUGUAGAAUUGGUAAGGAAGGAGGUGAGAAAAGGUGUCAAUGAGGCUGUUGAAUUAUUCGAAGAGUGUUUGAGAAAAAACCAAAAUGAUAUGGAGAUACAAGAGAUGCUGCAAGUGUUAGGCAUUGCGCUUUUAUGCGUAAAUCCAUCACCGCAAGACCGACCGGAGAUGAAGGAUGUUGUUGCAAUGAUGAAGGAGAUAAGGUUUGAGUUCAAGAGUUCAGUGAUGGAGGUUAGUGAGAGUACAAGAAUAGCAGCAGGUUGUAGUAGUUUUUCUCAAUCUUCUGAGUCUCUUGUUAGUUGUUCUUCUUCUUUGAUUUAGUUUUCUUAUGAUAUUAUCAUAUGAUGAUGAUGAUGAUGUACAAUGUGUUAAUUUGAGUAGAAAUUUUGAAAUGAAUGUGUCUUAAUUUUGUUGGUCUAUCAUGCAUGGAUGGUCCAUAGCUUCUUUGAAUGGUUGGCGAUGGGGAAU